AUGUGGCAAUCUGCGGCCAGAACGCGGACCAGUUCUGCAUUUACCUCUUUCUUCUUCAACAACACUCAAUGGGUGUCUCCCGCAAUACACAUUACACGAAAUCCUCAUUCCUACGGCCUUAUAGCCCAUCCGACUGCUGAUCUUCCUCGUUCUGCCUUCAAACAAGCUGAAGCACUUACGCCUGCUCGGUUAACAAAAAUUUACUGGCAAUUGUCCAAAUCCAGCUUGACUGUGCUUAAUGUGCUUGCAGCCAUGAGCGGGGUUGCACUUUCGCCUCUUCCAACAACUGUGCCAGUCUUACUGGCCACCGCUGUUGGAACGGCGCUAUGUUCCGCUUCCGCGAACACACUAAACCAGGUACAAGAGGUUCCCUUCGAUGCUCAGAUGGCUCGGACGCGUAUGAGACCAAUUGUCCGCAGAGCAAUCUCACCUCUGCAUGCAACUGCUUUCGCUGCAGUUAGUGGUAUUACCGGUCCAGUCAUCUUGUGGACGAUGACGAAUCCAACAACGGCACUCAUAGGUGCGGGUACCCUUGUUGUUUAUGCUGGGCCGUAUACGUGGAUGAAGAGGAAGAGUAUUGCCAAUACCUGGCUCGGUGCCGUCGUCGGAGCUGCACCACCUGUUAUGGGUUGGACUGCUUGUGGCGGUCAACUAUUCCCCUCUUCCUCUUUCCCUGUCCACAUCUUCCCGCCAUCUUUCAUGUCCGCUUUGCCAGAAACCGCGCUAGACCCUUCCCUAAUUAACUCUUCCCUUGCACCACUUGCUUUGUUUGCGUUACUGUUCAGUUGGCAGUUUCCUCAUUUCAACUCGUUAUCUUACGUCGUUCGAGGCUCUUAUGCUCAAGCAGGAUGUCAUAUGCUUUCUGUCCUUGAUCCUCAAAAAAACUCUCUCGUGUCUCUUCGACACGCUCUCAUUCUCAUCCCCACAUGUUCGGUUCUUAUCCCAUUAUCGGGACUAACAACUUGGUGGUUCGCGUUGAGCAGUCUAUUACCGAACAUAAUUUUCUUGCGAGCCUCUUGGGUAUUCUGGAAAAAUGGCGGUGAAAAACAAGCUAGAACUCUUUUCCGACAUAGUCUGUGGUACCUUCCCCUUAUACUAGGAAUGAUGAUGGCACACAAACAAGGUAUCAAUUGGUCGCAGUGGAUCGGUUUAGGAUCUGACGAUCCAGAAAAACCGAAAGAUGAAACGCAUGUAGUAGCCACUACUCAAUCUGAAUAG